AUGUCAAAGCAAUAUUUGACCCUUCAUACAAUCGAUCAGGCGCACCCCCUUGAAAUCUUCUCCUUAGCUUUAACUUCGAGCCAACUGAUAUCCUGCUCAGGAGCAUCGUCGCUCAAAGUCCACUCAACCACCGAGCCAGAUUUCCCCUUAGUCCAAUCCAUCGACGGCGCGCACAAGAUCGGCUGCCACCACCUGGCUGCAAGCAGGGAUGGUACAAGGCUUGUGAGUGUUGGAUUUGGCGGGGAGGUUAGGGUGUGGUCUUCUCUUGCUGGUGGGGUGUGGGUGGCUGAUGAGGGGAUAGGCGAUGCAGUGGGUGGCGGGAAGGGUGAAAGUAAGUUGAAAGUCAGCGGGAUAUGGGCCGCCGCGCUCUCUGUGGAUGGCGAGUAUCUUGCUGGCACGACCUUGGAUGGGCAUAUCAAAGUCUGGCACAUCGAUGGGGCCGGGAAGGGUAAUAACGUGUCCCAGAUCCGCGAUCUGGAGACGAAGGGUAGCUUUGGGAUGUGUAUUGAUCUGUCCGCAGACGGCAGCCUGACAGCAUCUGGCCACGCGAAUGGGAACAUCUUUAUGUUCCGCAAUGAGACAGGGCGGAUGAUACAUUCCCUGUCGGGUCUAGCCUCCCCCGUUCGAGCUGUAUCAUUCUCCCCUGGGAGUAAACUUCUCGCAGCAGCAGGCGACUCUCGAGUAAUCCAGCUGUAUGAGACGUCUUCCGGUGAGCAGGUAGCCAUGUUAACAGGGCAUGGGUCCUGGAUUACUUCUCUGGACUGGAGUCAUUCGGGUGAAUUCCUUUUGAGCUCAGCCCUUGAUGGAAAAGUUAAAGUGUGGUCGAUUGAACGGAGGGUGUGCGUGGCCACGCACUCUGAGUCCGAUGCGGCCAUAUGGAGUGCGAAGUGGUUGCCAAAAGUUGGAGGGUCGGCAGAGAAGUUUGUUACAGCGAAUGCUAAGGGGGGCAUUACUUUUUAUCGUGAGGCUACGGGGGGAUGA